CGUUUGGUGGGCUGUCAUUUGUAAAGUAGCGCUCGGUCGUCGUGGUUGCGUGUAUCUGCGAGAUACUUGUCUAUAUAUAUACGGUGUUCUUUUAGAAAAGUUUUAACUUGGAGAAUUUUUCGAAGUUUUCACAAAUAAAGGAGCAUAUAUGUAUUUUGAAAUAUUUCGCAAGUGAUUUUCAAAAACGAAAGAAAACAAAACGCGUACAACUACCUGCAACGUCGAAGAGUCGUUCAAAAUAAGUAAAAAUUAAGGCACUAUAAAAACGAAAAGUGACUUUAAUAAAGAUUUUCAAUUGGUCAAAAAAUUGCAUACGAAAAUUUUACGCUAAUAUUUCGUAAUCCGCACAAAAGUUGAUAUUGGUAAUAUAUCGCUGAAAAAAAGAGCAAAAAGCGUGUCAGCGGGAGCAUUCAGAAACCGGGAAAUUGGCAGUGGUCAGCUGAAAAUUUUUGUUUUUACUUAAACAUCAGCCAAAAAAUACAUACAUACAGCAGUAACCUACCGACAUCCAAACACAGAUUUUUUUUACGAAACUACGAAACUCAAAAAAGACACUCAUAAAAAAGUACAAAAAAUUUGAAAUUGCUGCAUUUGAGAUUCCAUUUUUUUCUCUUCGUACAAAUCGCUCGUUUAUUCGGUUGCCUUAAAAAAUCGGUUGUUCGUUCGAGUAUUAUAAUUUAAUUUUUUUGUUGUUAAAUUUACUGAAAAUUGGCGUAGAAGGCCAAGUGAAAGUGUCAAGUGAGUUGAAUUGGAUUUUUGUAGACUGGCACAAGAAACAAAAGAAAAAUACAAAAAAUUUUAUAAUAAAAGCAGCAAGUCGAAGAAAAAGAAUCGGUGACGUGGUUUUGUUGAGGUUUUGCUAGAAAACAAGGAAACUUAAUAAAACAAAUUUUCCAAAUCUAAAAUCUAAAAGCAAAAAAUCGAAAGCCAAAAAAGUCUCUCGCAGUGAAACUCAAUUAAAAGAAUAUAAAUAUUUAAAAUCAAUCAAACCGAGCGCAGCAGCCGAAGUGAGCACCUAAAGCGAGUGUAAUCCUUUUUUUAUGUUAUUAAAAAACCAUAACAACAACAAUUACAACAGCAAUAUGAGCGGAUACAGAGAGAUGUCAAAACUGGAGAACAGUCGAAACUGCCUACGUCGCAUUGCGCGUCAUGAUGAACCACAAUUCUCGAAGGACAGCAUCGUUAAUGUAAUGGAGAGAUUUGUGAAAUCUGUGAAAGUGAUGGAUGAUACCAUACUCGUACCAUGUUUGCUUAUGGAUCGACAGGUCGGUGAUAGCACAGAUAUUAUACCAGCACCUGGCAAGAAUUCCACAUCCAAUCAGCAUAUGCUUGAACAUGCUGGCGCACAUGGUAAACGCAGUGCUAAACACUCCAAGAACGUACACGAAUUCCUUAACUCGUCGGAGCUCUUCAACCUUUACAACAUGCUGAAUGCGCUCAAGACUGAUCUGCUCUGGACGGGCAAGGAUGAUUCGGAUGAUGAUGCGGACAGCACAGGCGAUGAGCAACUACGCCAUACCGAAGGAGACAAUAUACUCUAUACGCGUUGCGAUUCCAACAAAUCGGAUGCGGUCAGUGUGACGAGCAGUAGCAGUCCAUCGACAGCGCCCAACACAGCCAACAACGCCGCUACCGCCGCCACAAUCACCACAACCACCAACAGCAGCGCCAAAGGUCACAAUCGUUGCCCCUCCACCGCCUCGGUGGCCUCGAUUGUCUCCGCCACAUCGGUUUGCAAUCUAAGCGAUUCGGAAAGUGAAAUUUCCAAUGAAAACGAUUCGGGUAUGGAGUCAGAGGGUCAUAAGCCCAGCAGCACUGCAUCUGUUAGUGGUAGUGAUGAUACAGACUCCCGUGCCGCAGCCGUCGCCAACUCAACCGCCAAUGCCGAUAAAGCUACCGAAUUGGCGAAACGUUGCCGGCGACAUUUGAAUGGACUCUACCAAUGUUUGGAACAAAUGACAGAGGCGGCACACUAUUUGACCGUCAGAUACCAAAGUGAUAUUGGUCCCGUUUAGGGAUGAACUGCGGAGGGGCGCGCGCGCGCGCAUUACGAGCUGCUCUGGGAUGGAGCGGGGCACGAACUGAAGCAAGCUGGCAGCGACAGAAGUCCGAGGGAUUUGUGUGGGCGAGUGCAAUGAAUGGCGUGCCGUGUGUUCUG